GUCAAAACGGCACGCCGAGUUGUUGUUAUUUUGAAAGUUUUGCCACCCUUCUUUUUUUAAGUGUGUGUUUAAGGAUUUAAUGCGAACCGAUCGAACGUCAAUAACAUUUCCCCCCAGUGAUUGACAAUUUGUACAUUUUUGUCGUCUGCUUCUCUCGCAGUUGAUUGUGUUUUUCAGUUUAGUCAUUUGCAGUGAGCAGCAUAGUCGGUCUUUUUUUUGUAUCUUCACCCCCCGGGUCUGGUGGAGGAACCCAGUUCUCCAUUCGAAACUCCUUUUUUGGCCUUUUUGGAAACCGUCAACAAACUAAAGCAGCAGCAAGGAAGCAACAAGAAACAAGAUAAGCUCAAAGGAAGAGGAAACCCACCAGAGCACAUAGACAACUUUUUUGCUCUUCACGUCGACGGAGCUGUUGGAAAAACAAUCGCCCAAGCGGCUCUACACAACCGCCCACACACGAACGGCGAGGAGGAGCCGGCUGACGUGAAGAAGGAGAAAAGGAAGCGGCGGAAGCGGACGAAAGUCCUGAAGAAUCCGACGCCAUGGCGUCGAUAUCGCUCAAGAUCAGCAUCGUCGAGAAGGAUGUGGUCAAGACGAUGCAGUUCGAUCCCAACACGGCCGUCUACGAUGCCUGCCGCGUCAUCCGUGACAAGAUUACCGAAGCUAAUCUCGGACAACCUAAAGAUUAUGGCCUUUUCCUGGCCGAUGAGGAUCCCAAAAAAGGCAUUUGGUUAGAACCUGGCCGCAAUCUGGGCUACUACGUUCUCCGCACUGGGGAUUUGCUGGAAUACCGCCGAAAGAUGAGGACCCUCAAAGUCCGCAUGUUGGACGGCACAGUCAAGACGAUGUUGGUGGAUGACAGUCAGCCGGUCACUAAUUUGAUGGUGGUCAUUUGCACUAAAAUCGGAAUCACCAAUCACGACGAGUACUCGUUGGUGCGUGAGAACCUAGAGGAGGAAGCGGAAAACAAACCCAAUUUCGGGACGCUGACCCUGCGGCGCAAGAAGGAGGAGAAGGAGCCACGCGAUCAGAAGAUGGAACAACUCAAGAAGAAAAUCAAAACCGACGACGAACUGAAUUGGGUGGACCAUUCGAAGACGCUGCGCGAGCAAGGCAUCGAUGAGAGCGAAACGGUGUUACUGCGUCGCAAGUACUUUUUCUCGGACGGCAACGUGGACUCGCGCGACCCUGUCCAGCUGAACUUGCUUUUUGUCCAAGCGCGUGACUCGAUUCUCAAUGGGACUCAUCCCGUCACGUUGGACAAAGCCUGCGAAUUCGCCGGGAUCCAGUGCCAGGCCCAGUUCGGAGACUAUAUCGAAUCCAAGCACAAGCCCGGCUUCUUAGAUUUGAAAGAGUUUCUUCCACAGUCGUACAUGAAAGUCAAAGGCGUUGAGAAGAAGGUCUUUGGCGAGCACAGGAAGCACAACGGACUGUCUGAAAUCGAAUCCAAAGUGGCCUACGUCAAAACUGCCCGCUCAUUGAGCACCUAUGGUGUUACCUUCUUUUUGGUCAAGGAAAAAAUGAAGGGCAAAAACAAAUUGGCUCCGCGCCUUCUGGGCGUGACCAAAGACUCAGUCCUGCGCCUCGACGAACGAACCAAGGAGAUCCUGAAAGUAUGGCCGUUGACGACGGUGCGCCGCUGGGCCGCUUCGCCCAACACUUUUACGCUCGAUUUCGGCGACUACUCUGAUCAGUACUAUUCGGUUCAGACGACCGAAGGUGAACAAAUCUCACAGCUGAUUGCCGGAUACAUCGACAUUAUCCUCAAAAAGAAACAAGCCAAGGAUCAUUUCGGUAUCGAAGGAGAUGAAGGAUCAAACAUUGUGGAGGACAGCGUUUCUCCAUUCAAAGCGACAAUUGUCCAACAUACUGCCGGGUCCGGCAUCAAGAGCGGCAAAGUCCAGACGGAAUCCGUGGCCAAACCGGCCAUUGUUCGAGCUGCUGAUGUGCCCCAAAAGUACGACGUCGGGCAAACACAGCCGCCCCAGUUGCCCACGUUGCAAGGUCUGGCUACCGUUGCUCACGCACCACCCACGGUCCAGCAGCCGAAGGUGACGAGCGUGUUGACGGAGCCGCAGCGAGCGCUCAUCAGUACCAUCAGCGAGGGUCAGAAGGCCGUCGAAGAGGCCGAGCGCAUUCUCGAUACGAAAUUGCAAGUGCCCGACUUGGGAACCGAUCCCGCCUCGUUGAAGUGGAAACAGAAUCAGCUGGACACGAACAAGCAGAAUGUGUCGUCCCAAAUUGCCGCCAUGAAUGCGGCCACGGCCAGCGUCAUCACACUCACUUCGGGCCCGCCGGAGGAUGUGGACCACCAAGCUGUGGGUGCAGCCAUAUCGACCAUCUCGUCCAACUUGCCGGAAAUGGCCAAAGGCGUCAAGCUCAUCUCUGCUUUGAUGGAAGGCGAGGAGCACGACGACCGGCUCAUGGACGCUACGCGUCGACUCUGCAAGGCCUUCUCUGACCUGCUGGAUGCCGCCAAACCCGAGAACAACAAUAUGCGACAGAACCUGCUGUCGGCCGCCUCCAAAGUUGGCGAAACCACGUACGACCUGCUGAAGCAGCUGGGAGAGGCAGACAAUUCGAGUCGUGAACUCCAGGAUAUGCUGCUGGGAUUGGCUAAAGCCGUGGCCAACACCACGGCCGCCCUGGUCCUCAACGCUAAGGCCGUGGCGGCCGCUUGUCCCAACGAGACGGAGCGUCAGCAGGUGAUUGCCGCAGCGACGCAAUGCGCCCUGGCCACUUCGCAGCUGGUGGCGUGUGCCAAGGUCGUGGCGCCUACCAUCAGCGAUCCGGCUUGUCAACAGCAUUUGAUUGACGCGGCCCGUGAAGUGGCCCGCGCCGUCGAGGGAAUUCUCGCUCUCUGCCAGCAAACGUGUCGCGAUGACAAAUUGGAGGCCAAUUUGAGGAAAGCGGCCGGGGACGUCGCAUCGGCUCUCAAUGAUUUGCUGGCCCACAUCAAAGAAGGGACGGGCCGCAAUCGAGCCACCGAGAGCGUUCACGAAGGGGCCGUGGAUAACAUUUUGGCCGCCUCGGACCGCCUCUUUGCCGCUCAAGGUGACGCUGCCGAAAUGGUGCGCCAGGCUCGCGUUCUUGCCCAGGCUACCGCCCAGCUUAUUCAAGCCAUCAAGGGAGAAGCGGAAGCUCUACCCGAUUCCGAAUUGCAGCAGCGAUUGUUGGCUGCUGCUCGAUCCCUGGCCGAGGCGACGGCUCGGAUGGUGGAGGCGGCCAAGGCCUGCGCCAGCAGCCCCAACGACCCCAAUCAACAGCACAAAUUGCGACAGGCUGCCGAAGAACUUCGCGGCACGGCAGAAUCGGCGGCCGGCGAGGCUAUCAAGAAGAAAGUCAUCAAGCGUUUGGAAACGGCGGCCAAACACGCGGCCGCCACGGCCACCCAAUCGAUCGCCGCUGCCCAGGCUGCAGGACCGCACAAUUCGAACCCGACCAGCCAAGAUCAACUGCUGGCCGCUUGCAAAGCCGUGGCCGAUCAAAUCGCCAAACUGGUUCAAGGAGUCAAGGGAACUCUCGCCAAUCCGGAAUCACCGGCUUCCCAACUGGCCCUUAUCAGCGCCAGCGAGGAGUUCAUCCAGAGCGGAAACCCGAUGGUUGCGGCUGCCAAAACGGCCCUGCCGACCGUCAACGACCCGUCCUCGUCGAUGCAGUUGAACAACAGCUCCAAACAGUUCUCUACGGCUCUGACGGAUCUGCGGACGGCCGUCACCAAAGCCCGAGAUACUUGCGGUCCACUGGAACUCGAUUCCGCUUUAGACAUGCUCUACAGCCUCAAGGAUGAGCUGGAUGCUUUCAGUGGAGCCGUCGAUGCUUCCAAAUUGAAACCCCUUCCUGGCGAGACGGCCGAGAACACUGCCCAGCAGUUUAGCGCCACUUCUAAAGCGGUUGGUUCUAACAUGGCCCAGUUGUUGACCGCCGUGAAUCAAGGCGACGAGAAACACACCGGAAUGGCCGCACGUAGCACGGCCGUCGCCCUGCAGGAUUUGACGGAUGCCGUUCGUGGAGUGGCCGCCACUUCGGAUCAACCCGAACAGCAGCACAAGAUCAUCGACAGCGCCAAAGAUGUGGUGGUCCAGGCCAUCACUCUGAUUGAGGAGGCCCGAUCGGCCACUACCAAUCCGCAAGACAUCGCCAUCCAGCAACGCGUCACUCAGAUCGCCCGCGACGUCUCGCAAUCUUUGAGCAAGUGCGCCGGGUGCUUGCCUGGGCAGAAGGACGUGGACGAGGCCAUCAACUCGAUCAAUUCGGCCUCGGAGAUAUUGGAAGGCGAACGAUACCCUCGCAGUGACAAAUCGUACCACGAACUGCAAACGAUGCUGGGCUCCGCUGCGGCUGAUUUGAACGACGCGGCCGGCGAAGUCGUUGGAACGGCUCGAGAGUCGCCCACACGCCUCGCCUGGGCAUCCAAGACUUACAGCACUUCGUUCUGCUACAUGAUGAACGUCGGCAUGGAAAUGGCCGGCCAGACCAAGGACACUGAAACCCGUUCGCAGAUGAUCGUUUCUCUCAAGAAUAUCACCCUCGUCUCGGGCAAAUUGCUGACGGUGGCCAAGACGGCCAACGCCGAUCCAUCGGCUCCCAAUGCCAAGAACAACUUGACGGCAGCGGCCCGCGCCGUUACCGAAGCCAUUAACGGACUUGUCGAUGUUUGCACGGCCAGCGCUCCUGGUCAAAAGGAAUGCGAUAAUGCCGUGCGGGCCAUCCAGUCGACUCGCUCGCUUUUGGAAAAGCCCAACGAACCGGUUAACGACAUGUCUUACUUUGAAUGCCUGGACACGGUCAUGGAGAAAUCCAAGAGCCUGGGCGAUGGCAUGACCGGCAUCGCUAACAAUGCCAAGAAAUCCGAACACGAGCCAUUUGGCGAAGCUGUCAAAGACGUUUCGAAUGCCAUUACUGGACUUGUCGAGGCUGCCGCACAAGCCGCUUACCUAGUCGGUGUCUCUGAUCCGUCAAGCGUAGCCGGAAGAUCUGGUUUGGUUGAUCAAGCAGCCUUUGCCAGAGCUUCACAGGCCAUUCAGUCAGCCUGUCACGCACUGUCCAGUCCCAGCAGCACCCAGCAACAAGUUUUGUCUGCCGCUACGGUUAUCGCCAAGCACACCAGCUCUCUGUGCAACGCCUGUAGAGUGGCCUCGUCAAAGACGACGAAUCCGGUAGCCAAAAGACACUUUGUCCAAUCUGCCAAGGAUGUGGCCAAUUCGACGGCUAAAUUGGUCAAGGAAAUCAAAGCCCUGGACCAGGACUACAGCCAGCGCAAUCGCGAUAACUGCGCCGCUGCAACUCAGCCUCUCAUCGAAGCGGUCGAGAAUUUGUGCACGUUCGCCAACUCACCCGACUUUGCCUCCAUCCCGGCUAAAAUUUCACCAACCGCCCGCCAAGCCCAAGAACCCAUUACUUCAGCCGGCAAAUCUAUCAUUGACGGUUCGUGCUCGAUGAUUUCGGCAGCCAAGUCGCUGGCCCUCAACCCCAAAGAUCCACCCACUUGGCAAGCUUUGGCCAAUCACAGCAAGAGCGUCUCCGAUUCGAUCAAGAAAUUGGUAUCUUCCAUCCGUGACAAGGCGCCGGGACAGAAGGAGUGUGAUGAUGUCAUCUCCAUCAUGUCGAAUUGCGUCCGUCAGCUGGAUCAAGCUUCGCUGUCUGCCAUAUCUCAGAAUCUGAGCCCCCGUCGAGAGAAAUCGGCCCAGGCCUUUGCUGAACAGACAACCAACUGCGCUAUGGAAAUCGCCGAUCGCAUCGACAGCGUCCGCUCUGCCGCUAAAGGAGAAGCCGAAAAACUUGGUCACGCGGUCACCCAAAUAUCCCAUUACUUUGAGCCGAUGGUAGUGGCCGCCACUGGAUCUGCCUCGUACCUGCUGAACUCCAAACAGCAAAUGAUGAUGCUUGAUCAAUCCAAGACCGUCACUGAAUGCGCCAUUCAGCUCGUUCUCGUCGCCAAGGAAGCCGGAGGAAAUCCCAAAGCUGUUCAAGUUCAUACGGAUCUUGACGAAUCUGCCGAGGCCAUGAAGGAGGCUCUACGCGACUUGCUGUCGACAGUCGAGACGGUGGCCACCGAGGCCGGUGUGGUUUCUGGUCUCGUCGACUCAAUUACUGCUUCCAUGAAUCAAAUGGAGAGCCGGGCGCAAACGGGCUCUUCUGGGGAUGAAGCCGACGGUACUAGUUUUGUUGAUUACCAAACACGAAUGGUUCAGGCCACCAAAGAAAUUGCUCGACUAUCCCAAGAUAUGGUUGCCAAGUCUGGUUCGGAUAAUGUGAGUCAGUUGGGUCAACUGGGCGCAUCCAUAACACACUUGUACACGCAAUUGGCGACGGAUACUCAAGGGGCCGUUGCUAAGACUUCGAGCGUCGAAAUUGCUAUGCGAAUUAAAUCGACCGUUCACGAUCUGGGUCGAACCUGCAUCGAUCUGGUCAAAGCCGGCGGCGCUCGGCAGGGCGCUCCGGACGAUGUCUUUACUCAACGAGAUCUUUCUGACGCCGCUCGCCUUGUCGGCGAAAAGGCGUCGCAAGUUUUGGCCGCUUUGCAGGCCAGCUCCCGCGGAACUCAGGCCUGUAUCAACGCCGCCAGCACAGUGUCGGGUAUCAUCGGCGAUUUGGACACGACCAUCUUGUUUGCCACGGCCGGUACUUUGCACGCUGAGAACGAAGACGAAUCUUUCGCCGACCAUCGCGAGAAUAUCUUGAAGACGGCCAAGGCUUUGGUGGAAGACACGAAAACAUUGGUGGCCGGUGCGGCUUCUUCGCAAGAGCAGUUGGCUGUGGCCGCCCAAAAUGCUGUGGCCACUAUCGUCCAACUUUCUGAUGUUGUCAAACUGGGAGCCGCUUCCCUUGGCUCUAACAAUCCGGAAGCCCAGGUUAUGUUGAUCAACUCCGUCAAAGACGUGGCAUCUGCCCUCGGCGAUUUGAUCCACGCCACUAAAUCCGCAUCGGGCAAGAGCAUUAACGAUCCGGCAAUGAUCUACUUGAAGGAUUCAGCCAAGGUAAUGGUGACCAACGUGACAUCUCUACUCAAAACAGUCAAAGCGGUCGAAGACGAGCACACCAGAGGCACUCGCGCUCUCGAGUCAACCAUCGAAGCUAUUGCGCAGGAAAUUCGGGCGUUCGAUUCGCCAGAACUGCCUCGUGUCAAGUACACACCGGAAGAUCUUGUCCGGGUCACGAAACCCAUCACGUUGGCAACGGCCAAGGCUGUUGCGGCGGGAAACAGCUGCUUCCAGGACGACGUUAUCGUAGCGGCUAAUGUCGGCCGCAAGGCCAUCUCCGACAUGUUGACAACUUGCAAGGGUGCUGCCUACUCUGCGGAGACGAACGACAUCCGAUCCAAGACGUUGCUCGCCGGCCGCGAGACGGCUCUUCAGUACCGCGAGCUGUUGCAACUGGUGCUGCACGUGUUGUCGCGGCCCAAUCCGGCCGCCAACCUCGAAAUCAAGAACAACUUCCCCGUUGUUUCGCGCAAAAUCGCCCACUGCGUCACCGGUCUCGUUUCCAUGGCUGAAAUCCUCAAAGGUACCGAUUGGGAAGAUCCGGAAGACCCGACAGUCAUCGCUGAAAACGAGUUAUUGGGAGCAGCUUCAUCCAUCGAUGCUGCAGCCAAGAAAUUGGCCAAUUUGCGUCCUCGCAUCAGCUCUACAAAGGAAACGGAUGAAAGUCUCAGCUUCGAUGAGAUGAUUCUUGAAGCCGCCAAAUCGAUUGCUGCCGCUACGUCAGCUCUCGUCAAGGCCGCUUCCGCUGCCCAGCGUGAAUUGAUUGACAUUGGAAAAAUAAGCCGCCGCCCGCAAGUGGAUUCGGAUGACGGCCAGUGGUCGGAAGGUUUGGUGUCAGCGGCUCGACUCGUAGCCGCUGCUACUCACAGUCUGGUCGAAUCGGCCAACGCACUGGUCCAGGGUCAAUCUUCCGAAGACAAAUUGAUUUCAGCCGCCAAGCAAGUAGCAAGUUCAACUGCUCAACUAUUGGUGGCCUGCAAAGUGAAAGCCGAUCCUGACAGCAAGUCGACUCAACGUCUUCAGGCGGCUGGCAAUGCUGUGAAACGAGCAACGGACAACUUGGUCAAGGCUGCCCAGCAAGCCAUCGCUCAAGAAGAAGAGCGCAGUCUUGUCGUCAACCGCAGAAUGGUCGGCGGAAUUGCGCAAGAAAUUGACGCACGCUCCGAGGUUCUCCGUAUCGAGCGUGAACUGGAGGAAGCCCGCAGUCGAUUGACGGCCAUUCGUCGAGCCAAGUACCGCGGUGAGGGCGAUUCGGACGCCGAAGGUUACAUGUCUGGUUAUGAUUCAUCAAUGGAGACAUCUGGCUAUCGAACCAACAUGAACGGAUCCGAUAUAGACCGCAGUCCGGCUCCACCUCCCCAGCAAGUGAUGUCGACGUUUCAAGCCGAGAGCAGAGUCCGUCAGGUUUAUCAGCCUCAACAGUCGAGUAGUCUGCUGCAAUCGAACAGUCCGCAACAGCAAAUGUAUCAACACCUUCAGCGCGAUCAGCGGUCCGUUUCACCGGUCGCUCCACCAAAGAAGCAACCGCCUGCAACGCCGCCACGCCUGUCGUCGACACAGAAACCGCAACAGCAGCAACAACAACGGGACAGCGACUCGCCUCUGAUGAUCCUGCAACGCCAGCGCCAUCUGCUGGAAUCGACGGCCAACAGCGCCAACAAUUCGAUGGUGGAAGAUCACACGCCAUCCUUCUCUGAGUCAAGGCAAAGGUUCAACAACAGUAGCUCAUUCAAUUCAUCAACAUCCAUGUCGAGCUUUCAAAGUCCUGUUCAAGUACAACAUGGUGCCUCCGCUGCUGGGGAUGCCCGAGAGUUCUACUCGGCCACUUCCAGUGUCCGCAGUAGCACGGAACAAAUCCACAGCCAGAUGACGACAAUGUCACAGCGAACUGAGAGGAUAAGCAUGUCAUCCUCGACAAGCAAAACUUAUCAACAAUUACAAGAGAAGUAGACGAAGUCUCUAGAGGUGCCUUAGAGAAAAACAAAACACACACACAAUGGAAUGGUGCUAAGUUGUUUGGUUGUUUUGGCCGGCCUCACCUUUAGGUCGUUGGCCUUUUGUUACAUUUUUUUAUAUUUCUCUAUCUUUGAUUUUUUUUUGGCGCCCAAGCAGUUUUUCCGGCUUCGAUAAGUAAUGUGCCUUCGCAUAACACAAUCACAAAAAUUAAUAUCUUAGUUGCCAAGUACAUCCAAAUGUACGCUGUUUGUUUUACAUAGAGGGAGUUUUAAGGUUUUCGAAAGCGAAAAAGUUAAAAAACAAAUUACAAUUGAAGCUUGGAACGGCGUGUGCGUGUAUUGAACAUACUUUAUACUUGCGUCACAUCUUUCUAAUCCGCCUCGCCAUUGAUGGUUUCUACCCCUUUUUCUCCUUCCAAUCGGUCGCUGUUACUUCUCUCCAUAUGAUCCGCCUUUUCUGAACAAAGUGCCAAAACGAAGAUGCUCUUCCGCCCCAACAUUUUAUCACCGAAUUUUUUUUCUUUUUCUCGCAACAGGAAUUUUGGAUCACUUAUCUUGUUAUAAACAUUCUUGAUAUUCAUCUAUAUAUAAUCAGUCUGCUCUAAUACACUAUUCAAUAACUUA